AUGAGGCCCCUUAAACUUGCCUCGUUGUUGCUGAUCGUAUAUGGCGCGAGUGCCUCUGUGGUCAAGCGUCAGAGCGGCGGAGGCUUUGAAGACGGCCAGCCCGUUGACGGAACUGGCAAAGGCGCCCCUUUCUCCGGCGGGACCAACCACCAGAUCGACCUCCAGAACCCCGACAACCUUGGCCAGCAGAGCACUGACAACGGCGUCGUGCCGAACCUCAAGUGGGCCUUCUCAGACUCUAGAACGAGGCUCCUGAGAGGUGGCUGGGUGCGCGAGCAGGUGGUCACGGACCUGCCCAGCAGUCACGAUAUCGCGUCUGCGCAACAGCACUUGACGAAGGGCUCUAUACGUGAGCUGCACUGGCACCGUGUUGCUGAAUGGGGCUAUGUCUACGCUGGGUCGAUCCUGGUCUCUGCUGUUGACGAGAACGGCCAGUUCGAGCUCGCCAAGCUCGAGGUCGGCGAUAUCUGGUACUUCCCCAAGGGCGCUGCGCAUACGGUGCAGGGUCUCGAGGACGAGAAUGAGUUUCUGCUCAUCUUUGACGAUGGCAACUUUGAUGCUGUAGGGACCACGUUUAACGUCGACGACUGGAUCACACAUACCCCCAAAUCCGUCCUGGCCAAGAACUUCGGUCUCCCAGAGUCCGUAUUCGGCUCGGUUCCAUCGCCGAACCCCUACAUCACGAAUGCCACCCUCGACACGCACGACGUCACAGGCGGCAACGGCCCGCUGAGAGGCAACGCGUCGUUCGUGUACUAUGCGAAGGACCACCCACUGGAAAACGUGCCCGGAGGUGGAGGCACGCUGCGCAUCGUCGAUGCGACGACCUUCCCGGCGGCGACGACGAUCGCUGCUAGUGUUGUGACGCUCUACCCGGGCGGCAUGCGGGAACUGCACUGGCAUCCGAAUGCCGAAGAGUGGCUAUACUUCCACCAGGGCCAGGCCCGCGCCACCGUCUUCAUCGGCAACUCCAACGCGCGCACCUUUGAUUUCCGCGCCGGCGACACGGGCGUGUUCCCCGAUAACAGCGGCCAUUACAUCGAGAAUACGUCCGAGACGGAGGACCUGAUCUGGAUCGAGAUCUACAAGAGCGACCGCGUCGAGGACAUCUCGCUGACGCAGUGGCUGGCGCUGACCCCGGCGGAUAUCGUGGCGAAUGUACUGAAGAUCCCGAUUGCGGUUGCGGAGACGCUGAAGAAGGAGAAGCAGCGGUUGAUUAAGAGCGUGUGA